GAGACUGUGGACACCCAGCUUCAGCCAGAAGUUCAAGAAGAGCUUUUGGAAGAAGCUGCGCAGGACCUUCCGAAGCUCCUGGGGAAGGAGCAGGCAGCGAAGAAGAAGGAAGCAGCAGCGGCUGCCAAGAAGCAGGUGGAAGAGCAAGAAGCUCGAAGAAAGAGAGAGGAGGAAGCUGGGGCAAUCAAAAAGCAGGAGGAAGCUGUAGCAAAAAAGAAGCAGGAGGAGGAAGCCGCCGCAAGAAAGAAGCAGGAGGAGGAAGCCACGGCAAGAAAGAAGCAGGAGGAAGAAGCAGCGGCGAGAAAGAAGCAGGAAGAGGAGGCUGCAAGGAAAAAGCAGGAUGGGAAAGGCAAAGGCAAGGAAGACAGGAAGGACUAUCUCAGAGCGGCGAUCAAAGGGCUUGCAGCAUGCAAAGGGAAAGAGGAUGGUAAGGGCAAAGGUAAAGCAACAGGCAAAGGGGAGAAAGGCAAAGGGAGAGAGGAUGGUAAGGGCGCAGGUAAAGCAGCAGGCAAAGGGGAGAAAGGAAAGGGCAAAGGAAGUGGGAAAGCCAAAGGCAAAGAAGACAGGAACGACGAUCUCACAGUGGUGAUCAAAGGAAUUCAGUGA